AUGUCCUUGUUCCAUCGCUCUUUUCUGUCUAUCGCUCGCAACAAUCAAACAGCCUUUCGUGGAAGAGGUCCAGCAAGUGAUGGCUUGCUUGAUUUCUUUUACAACCGGGAGAAGUCUAUUGCUGUCGCCAGUGAGCUUCAAUGUGGCAGAGCAUGGCGAGCAGCCGAGCUGAGACGAAAGAGCUUUGAAGAUCUGCAUAAACUUUGGUAUGUGCUAUUAAAAGAACGAAAUAUGCUUGCUACGAUGAGAGAGGAAGCGAGGCGGAUAGACAUGCUGUCGCGAAAUCCCGAGUGGUACACAGCAUUUCAAGAACGAGUUUAUAAGUGUCAGAAAGGCAUGGCACGUAUAAAAGGCGUACUUAACGAACGCCGAGUAUGCUAUAUCCAGGCUAAAAGACGUGACCCAGAAUACUUUGAAUAUAAACGUUUGACCUCUCAACGUGCCUCUGGGUCUGUAGAAUCAUAUAUUCCCGAGCCACCGCCGAUAGAGCCAAUUAGGAUACCAAAGAAAUUGAGUAGGAAGAAGCGGAAGGAGAGGGUUUGGUUAUUCGGAUCGAUGGGACACUAUAACAAGAUCGUGGAGAAAGUCAAAGAAAGUGCGCAUACUACAUAA